AUGUCGCGACUCCUGGAUCCUAGCCGGGCUGCUUGGCUGUAUCCUUUCUGGGGAAUAUACUAUUUUGUAUCAAAUCGGUUCCUAUGGCCUCUCUUCAAGGCCCGCCUUCUCCCCAUCGUCCUUCUUUCGUCCUUCAUAUACUUCAUCCUGUUCUUUUUCACCUACCUGCCCCAGGUUGCCUUCCUUGCCAUCUUCCAGGGUAGCUCGGCAUGGGUAAGCGGCGCAUUCCUAGUGCUUGGUGAAGGAGCAGCGAUCGUUGCCGCACUCUUCGAGGCAUUCUUUGUCGAUGAGACGCUAGUAGAUAUCUUUGAUGCAGUUUUGGUAAAUGAGGGCCAGGAAGAGCUUGUUACCACUUCGCGGGUCAUUUAUCCCGAGCCCGGCAACCCGGCCAAGCGUCUAGGCACGCCGACCACCAGUGCCGUGUACUCUCCAUUUUCAUUCCGGCAGAUCGCUGAAUUUAUCAUUCUGCUUCCGCUUAUUUUUAUUCCGGUGGCUGGCACUCCUAUGUUCCUAGUUUUGACUGGCUAUCGUGCCGGUCCCUUCCAUCACUGGCGUUACUUCCACCUGCUGGACAUGUCCAAGCAGCAGAGAAAGGAAAGUAUUAGUCGGCGUCAGCUGCAGUACACUACCUUUGGAACGGUGGCUCUGGUCCUCCAAUUGAUUCCUCCUUUCUCAAUGUUAUUUUUGAUGACCACAGCUGUUGGUUCGGCACUUUGGGUGACGGACAUCGAACGCAAGCGACGUGCUAUCAAUCAACAGUCCAGUCGGCUGGUUCGUGGGGUCUUCCCGGCAAUCUGCUCGAUGGACCUGAAAACAAGGCUGCGCAAGGCCUGCGAUGCCUGCAGUAUUCGAAAAGUGAAGUGCGAUACCGGUGGGCCACCUUGUCGGUCAUGCGCUAGCUUGGAUAUUCCCUGCACCUAUGAAAGACCAAGUAGACGCCGCGGGCCUCCAAACCGCCAUGCAGAGGCGUUUAAGAAACAAAAACGGGAACCUGAAGAUGCAGCGUCGCUGAGCCCGGCAGACUAUCCAUCGGCGACGACUCCCCUGGCAACGCAAUGCACCAACCCCCCAUCUGCAUCAUCCCCCCUUUCGGUGGAAUCAAUUUGUUCUCUGCACACGAUGCAGAUGUUGCUCGAUGACUUUUUUACUUACAUCCAUCCUUUGGUUCCAAUUCCACAUGAGCCUUCUUUUCGAGCAGCUUUUGAGCGCCGAGAAGAUGUCACUAACCACACAUUUUUGGCACUGUUGGCAUCAAUGAUUGGACUGCUCGUGGCUUCUUUUCCUCGACGACCUAAACUUCGGCUCAACACUGAAGCCGAACGCACCGCUUUCCCCAAUUCUAUAGCUCUAGUUAAGAGGUGCCUUGACGUUGCUAUUCAAGCUCGCGGGACUGGAUAUCUUGAUCGCAAUGCAACAGUCUACGACGCGGCAAUCAGCUAUUUUCUCGCUAUAUGUUCCGGCUAUAUUUACAACAUGCGCCGAUGCCGUGUGUACCUAUCGGAAUGCCGAGCCAUGCUCCAAGUGUAUGAUUUAUGUCGGUCUCCGACCACCAAUUGCCCGUCCUCGACACCAGGGCCCGUCAGCCCAUCAUCAGCGUCGGCAAUGGUGCACGAUAGAUUGGCACAUAAUUUCACAGAAAGCCAAGGUGUCGACCUCAUCACUCAAGAGCUAGGGCGGCGUUUGUUUUACGUCACUUUUGUCGGACAUCAGACAUUACACCAGCUGGGCUCUUCAGAUAUCAAGGUUCAUGUUCCCCCGGAGACACCGACGGACCGUUAUCCACCACUUCCACUGGAGAUCGACGAUGAAUUCUUAUUUUCAACACAUGUUGAGCCACAGCCAUCCGACCGAGUUUCACAGCUAGUCGGGUUUAACGCAAAUGUCCGCGUCUACAGCUCAUACACCACCUUACUAGCCUGGGAAAUAGCAUUUGGCAGCGGCCAAAUUUUCAAUUGGGAGCAUCAGCGCAACUGCAUUUGGGAUUGUCUCAAGCAAGCAAAAUCCACACUAGUCAAUGUUCCUGCUGAGCUGUCUCUUCGCCAUCCAAAACACAUAUCCCCGGCGGGCCUGUCAGGUCUUGGCGAAGAUGAGACGAUCUUUAGUUAUUCGAAUGAUCACAUCCACCAAGAACGACGUGCUAUACAGUAUGAGAUCCAGAAAGCCAACAUUUAUGCUAGUCAGCUAUGCACCAGGUCCUAUCUAGUCGAGAAGUACUGGAGCCUUUACGAAACUUUUUCAAAGUACGGAAAGUCACUUAAAUUCACGACCACGGCCAGCACAACACCACAUAUCAAAAUUGAAGGAGGACCAAAUCCGACACAGAGUGCGAGUGCGACUCCCACUGGCACAGCCCCAUCAGAAACCAACACCCAAGCUCAACCCCAUGCACACACAGACUAUAUUGACCGCAUGAUGGCCGAAGAGCGCAAGCUGGUCAUCAAAGAUCUCUUCGUGCUAUUACGAACAGUGAAUGAAGUGAAUAUGGAGCCGAACGGCGCAAGCAUUACUAGUAAAAUCCGGCAAGUAGCAUCCACCCUUCUCAAUCUCUCCCAUCGAAAUCAAUCCACAACCGAAACCCAAAACCCUACAACCGCUGCCGCCGCAUCACCAUCACCAACGGCCGCCCCGCCAGACCACCACAUCCUCACCGCCACAGAGGCGGAGUCCUACCUACACGCAUUCAUCGAGACACUUGUCCGACUAGAAUGCCAUUCUUCCAUGAAUGAUACGGCCAAUCCUGCCGACAGCGCCAGUCCGCAGAUGAACGGCCGCGCUAUGAGCUAUUUGAGUGAUUAUGAGCGGGAUCAAGAAGAGCUGAGCCAGUGGGCGAGCUUGAAGGAGUAUCAGAAGAAGUUUGCGGACGCCGGCGGUUUUCUGUAUCAGUUGUAG